AUGGCGUUUCGUCUUGACCUGCCUCGCACCAUGCGCAUUCACCCAGUGUUCCACCAUUCCCUUCUUACUCCUGUGGCACCCCCGCACCCGCUUCGUGCUCCAGAACCGCCACCCCUUCCUGUAAUCAUGGAUGGGGAGGAGGAGUACGAGGUCAGCAGACUCGUAGACUCACGGCGACGCUGGGGACGCCUCCAAUACCUGGUCGAAUGGAAGGGAUAUGGACCGGAGGAUAGGUCCUGGGAACCUGUGGAGAACCUCCAUACCCCUGACCUGAUUCGCCACUUCCACCGGACCUACCCUCGGUGCAGCGGGAGCCGGUGGCCCCAAUCCAGGUGCCCGAUUCCCAGUUCCCAAUGGCGGGAGCUGGGGGAGGAGAUGUUCCGGAUCCCAGCCAGUGGACGGAUCCCAGCCAGGGACGCGCAAAACGUAGCUGCCAGGACAUUUCUGUCCGUUAUGGAUUUAUCGCCAAUCACGGCAUCGGAGGAAGACGUACUAAAGGUGCUGCAACCAGAGUUCGGUUCUUCCUCCAUGGAUCUUGCCUGCAAGGUCUUACCACUACUGGGCAAUCAUAAGGAGAUCCAGCUGUUACUGGAGCAUGCGGCCGAGCUGCUGGUGGCGGCCGCGCCGGCGGCUCGGUCCGCUGCCUUGGAAGCAGCUCAAGUUCAGGCAGCUCAACAACAGGAGGCAGAGCAGCUUUUGGCGGAGGCGGCCACUGCUCAGACGAAAGCCGCCCUGGAGCGGGCAGCCAUAGCGGGCGGAGCAUGA